AUGAGUAAUAGUGAAGAUAAGGUAAAGCAGUUAACUUCGGAAGUGGAAGACAAGUCAGCUAAAGUUGAAAGCAAUUCUCAAACGUCAUCGAAAAUGAAUAAAGCACAGAAACCAAGUAAGAACAUGGAUCUACUGCAUACACGUGCAGGUGGCGCCUACAUUCCACCUGCGAAACUGAAAAUGAUGCAAGAACAAAUCACUGACAAAAAUAGUGAACAGUAUCAGCGGCUCAACUGGGAGCGAUUAAAAAAGCGAAUUCAUGGACAGGUAAACAAAGCAAAUACCAGUAAUUUACUCAAUGUCAUACGAGAUUUACUGCAUGAAAACAUUAUCCGAGGAAGAGGUUUAUUAGCACGGUCAAUUAUUCAAGCACAGUCGUAUUCUCCUACAUUUUCUAAUGUGUACUCUGCAAUGGUUGCUAUCAUUAACAGCCAUUUCCCUAACAUCGGGAUGCUAAUAAUUCACCGAUUACUGAUACAGUUCAAACGCUGUUAUAAACGAAAUGACAAAAAUUCUACUGUUACUAUAUCAAAAUUUAUUGCUCAUCUUAUCAAUCAGCAAGUGAUUCACGAAAUCCUUGCUUUGGAAAUGAUGAUACUUAUGCUUGAGAAUCCAACAGAUGAUUCAGUCGAAGUUACAGUGGCAUUUUUGAAAGAAUGUGGUGCUAAAUUGGCCGAAAUUUCACCUCGCGGUUUAAAUGCAGUCUUUGAUCGUCUCAGAAGUAUUUUAAGUGAUUCGGAUAUUGACAAGCGAAUUCAGUACAUGAUUGAAGUCAUUUUUCAUAUUCGAAAAGACAAAUUUCAAGCUUACCCAGCACUUAUUAGUGAGUUGGAUUUGAUCGAGGAGGACGAUCAGAUUACACAUACAAUUACGCUAGAAGAUCCUUUGAUGCCGGAAAAUGAAUUGAACGUAUUUCAUUAUGACCCUGACUUCGAAAAACAUGAAGCGGAGUAUGAAGAGAUUCGGAAUGAUGCGAUUGGUUCAGAUGAUGAAAGUUCAGAGGAAGAAGGGGGCGAAAGGACAUUGGAUACCGAAUCAGUAGCUCUAGAAGAAGAAAAGCAAAGUAUGAUGGUCAUCGACAAUACUGAGCAAAACCUGGUUGCAUUUCGCCGCAACAUUUAUUUAACAAUUCAGUCAUCUCUAGAUUUUCAAGAGGCAGCUCAUAAAUUAUUGAAAAUUGAUUUGAAGAAAGGAGAAGAUGUAGAAAUGUGUAAUAUGAUAGUGGAUUGUUGCGCUCAACAAAGGACAUACGAAAAAUUUUACGGUUUAUUAGCAGAACGGUUUUGUCGACUUCGAAAAGAGUUCCAAGAAGCAUUUGAGCGAAUUUCUCGUGAUACUUAUACUAUCAUACACAGAUUCGAAUAUAAUAAGCUUCGCAAUAUGGCCUGCUUAACUGCACAUUUGCUUUCAACGGACGCUAUUUCUUGGAAUAUUUUGGAUCAAAUAUCACUAAAUGAGGAAGACACUACUUCUUCUGGGCGUAUAUAUAUCAAAAUUAUUUUCCAAGAACUUGCCGAAUUUCUAGGAGUAGAAAAUUUGCUGCAGAGAAUUCGUGAUCCAACAAUGCAGUCUGCUUUUGAUAAGAUAUUCCCCCGUGAUAAUCCGAAUAACACACGUUUUUCGAUCAAUUUCUUCACGACAAUUGGUCUGGGUUACCUCACAAUUGACAUGAGAUUACAUUUGAAUAACGCGAUAAAGAAAAAAGCUGAGAAGCAAGAUUCUUCAUCUUCAGAAAGUUCAUCUACUGAUUCGGAUUCGGAUUCAGACUCGGACGAAAGCAGUAGUAGUUCUGAUGAAUCUGAUAGUGAAUCAUCAUCCAGUUCUUGUAAGUUAAUUGAUUACAAAUGUGUAAAACGUGAAGGUUUACGUGAAGAUGAGAAAAAUAAAUUGUCUAAAACUGACCAAUCUUCGGAAGAUCAUCAUGUGAAGAAAAGCCGUACUCAAGCUGAUAAAGACAGUAGUAAGCGAAGUGAAAAAUCUGGACAUGAUAAUGAUAGAGUUAAAAGAGAUAGUGAUUUUCGUAAUGAAGACAGUUUGCCGAAAAAAUAUGAGCUUACAAGAAAUCGUGAUUUAGAAAAUGAACAAGAGAAAAGGACACACAGAAGGCGUGCCACAGUUAGGGAAAAGAAUAAGGAGAGGAGAAUAUAUGGUAGAAAUGCAUCGAAAGACAGUCGUUUCGAAGGCGAUAGAGGACAUGAUGUGGAGGAAAUCAGACGAAGAAGGAAAUAUAGUACUGAUGAGGAAAGUGAAGGAAAGUGCCAGGUCAGCAUUAGAGAAAAAUUAAACAAUCGCCACAGAAGGGAUCGCAGUAAAGAAGUAAUUGGUGAUAGCAAGCAGUAUCGAAAUAGAAAAGACAGAAGUCCGGUAGUAAAGGAUCGCAAGAGAAGGCGAGAAAGGUCACAAAGCUGA